CGUCGAAUCGAGCAGUAGAUACAUGAAGAUGGAUGAGAGACGGGGACUUCGAAUCACUACAUGGAAUGUGAACGGGAUCAGGAAUCCAUUUGGAUACCAACCAUGGCGUCAAGAAAGGACGUUUGCGGCAAUGUUCGAAAUUCUAGAAGCGGAUAUUGUGAUAAUGCAGGAGACCAAAAUCCAACGAAAAGACCUUCAAGAUGAUAUGGUUCUCGUCCCAGGUUGGGACGUGUAUUUCAGCCUUCCUAAGCAUAAGAAAGGAUACUCUGGUGUGGCCAUCUAUACCCGCAACUCUGCCUGUGCUCCUCUUCGUGCAGAAGAAGGUAUCACAGGCAUUCUGACCCCACCCAACUCCACCACAAGUUUCUUCGACCUCCCAAAAGAGCAGCAGAUUGGCGGCUAUCCAACCUCAAGCCAACUUUCCGAUUGCUCUCUAGAUGCUACUACACUCGAUUCCGAGGGUCGUUGCGUCAUUCUCGAAUUUCCAGCAUUUGUCCUUAUCGGAACAUACUGUCCAGCAACUCGCGAUGAGACUAGGGACGAGUUCCGGAUCGGUUUCCUUAAUGCUCUAGAUGCCAGAGUUCGAAAUCUUGUGGCGGCUGGGAAGAGGGUCUUUUUGACAGGCGAUCUGAAUAUCAUCAGGGACGAGAUGGAUACCGCUCAUGCAUCGGAGCAGCUGAAGAAGCAGGAUAUAACCCUUGAACAAUACAUCUCAACACCAGCUAGGAGACUGCUUAAUCAGCUUGUCUUUGGUGGGAGAGUCAUUGGCGAGAGAGACGAAGGCAGGGAGAGAUCUAUUAUGUGGGAUAUCUGCCGAGAAUUCCAUCCAACCCGUAAAGGCAUGUUCACCUGCUGGGAACAGAAGAUCAAUGCUCGUCCGGGAAAUUUUGGCUCAAGGAUUGAUUAUGUACUCUGCAGUGAAAAUUGGAAGGAUUGGUUCAGCGAGUCCAACAUCCAAGAAGGCCUUAUGGGUUCUGACCACUGCCCUGUUUAUGUCAUUCUCAAAGAGAGAGUUCUGAUCGAAGGAAAGGAGGUUCACAUCAAAGACAUCAUGAGUGAUGGCAUGUUUAAGGAGGGUAUUCGACAGCAAGAGUGGUCAACCAAAAAUCUCCUACCUAUGUCGGCCAAGCUCAUACCAGAGUUCGACCGUCGUCGGAGCAUCAAAGACAUGUUUAGCAAGAAACCUUCUCUGCUGAAGGGCGGCUCUUCUAUCUCGAAUGACACGCAAGAGUCAUCCGUGAAGGGUGAUGGCACUUCGACAGAGGAAGGCUCAACAUUGAACACAGACCCCGCGAUCGUGGGGGAGCAGACUAAUUCACGAGACGAGCCUACAAAAGUUCAACCAAGAUCACAAGUCCCAAGUCCUGAAAAUAUUGGGAUUCACACGCCCCAUGUGAAGUCACCACCGGAUGCACAGCCUCCCAAAGGCACUAAACGGAUCAUCAAGACACCCUUUGCCACAACCCAACCACAGAAGAAAGGAAAGUCCCUAUCGAGUUCCAAAGCAACAGGCUCGGCGAAAAGCCAGCCUGGUAAAGGCCAGAGCAGCCUCAAGGGGUUUUUUAAACCAAAGCAGCCACAAGUUGAUGGGACGACUGACGCAGAAAGCAUCGUAUCUAGCAAUGUAUGCGAAUCAACGAGAACACCCACAUCCGCAUCUGCAACUCCAACCCCGAUUCCUCUUGUUGCCGACAUGCAUCCUGAAUCUUCUAAGGAUUUGACCCCAAAGAAGUUCAACCCUGACAAUGAAGACAGCGUCAUCGACCCGAUAGUUGCAAAAGAAAGCUGGUCAAGAUUGCUAGGAAAGCGGAUUGUUCCUCGCUGCGAGCACAAUGAACCUUGCAUCAGUCUUGUCACAAAAAAAGCUGGCGUCAAUUGUGGUAGAUCAUUCUACAUGUGUCCCAGACCAAUUGGACCAUCUGGUCAGAAGGAGAAGAAUUCCCAGUGGCGUUGUGGUACAUUCAUAUGGAGUAGCGAUUGGACUGGAGAUUGAUGGUAGCUUUAGCUGCUUGAUUGGAGUUCCCGCUCUGUCCUAACAUUAUAGCUUCUAGCUGCGAUGAUUUAAUCUAAACCUCGACCACUGGCUCCCUCAAGUAAGUAUUGCCAUGCUCCAUUUUCUUCAUUUCCCAACACCGAGACUUCCUAGGACUUUUGCUAGGUUCUCUGGUCCUCCGAUGGCAUUGAUUACUCUACUCCACAUCGUCCAAACCAUUUGAAAUCGCGGUAAAGCGAUUGGAAAUAAGAUCGCGGACUGGUAUAACCAUGGUGGAAUAUGGCGACAUAAUUCGAAGCAGCAAUCUGUAAGUGACA